AUGGCCUCCCGUGACACUCGCGAAGAUGCCUUGCAUACAGGUGUGUUAUACGGUUGUUUGAGCAUGUCAUGUCUAGGUAAUGAUGGUGAACUCGGCUGCUUGAAAAGAGAGUUAAACAAGACACUGACUCAUACCUUAAGAGUGGUUGCAUUGUGA